GAACGGAUCCGUGGCGACCGUGGGAGAGACAGUCUGCCUCCUUGAUCUUGGACUGCAGACGCGCUCGCAGUGUAGAGAAUUUUUUGUCACUAGGAUCCAUACCUGAAAAAGUCAUGAACGCUAAAAUGUAGAACCUUAAAUAUGUUUGUGGGUAAAUAUAUGUGAUUUGAUGUAACUGGCUACUGGUUCCUACCUCCAUCCAACACCACAAAGGGUUGGAUGUUGCAAGCCGCUAAGGCUGAGAAAAACUGGUGAAGCAGAGUGGAGAAGGCAUCAUAGUCGCCCCCGUGCUGCUGGUCCAAGCUAUGGUUAAAGUAAAGGCGAAAAUACAGACUGCAGCCAUCGAUGAUCAAGACGCUGUCUCUCAACUUUACGUCCUGGAAGAACUGUGUGUUCCCCUCCACGUAGGUGGUUAGGCCAUGCACGCCCAUGUGAUCACCCGUUCUAGAAACAUAAAAUAGGAACAGUUAUUAUUAGCAGUGGUGCACAUGGGCACUAGGUAUUUGGCUUCCCUUGCAGGACCGCAACGUUAGAGCACACCAUGCUCCGUUUUAUAGCAUGUGUGCCCCCAUGAUUCUUCCUAACGCGACAAAAGAUGGGUGCAGCGAUAAAUGGGGAAGUAGAUCUACUGACCUGGAAAAUACCCUUUCCCCUGACUUGAAAUGGAAAAUCUACCACAUGUAAUAUCAUGGGCGGAAACUUGCAGACACACGAUCUCAAAGUACAUUACUGCAUGUUUAUAAUUGAAUAGUUUAGCGUAUGAUAGGAGAAAAUAUAGUAGUAUAAAUCAGCUACUCUGCCUCCCAUAACUGUCCCUCCUUUUGGGUUUCUGUUUCUGCUUAUGUUUACAUUGGUCUAUGACAUUUUGUAUUACAACUUCCUCACUUAUGUCCCUUCAAAGUAAAGUUAGAACUUAAGAAUAAAAACAUUUGUAAAUCAAUAUUUUCUCACAAAUGUAUUUACUAUAGUAAUCAGGUACAUUUUUAUCAAUCAACACUUUGAAUACUUACAAUCCAUCAUCAUGACACACCCUUCAUGGCAAACCCUUCCUUGAUUUUGGGGAUACUGUUAUUUUGAAAUCCAAAACCCGUCUCGCGAGAACGUGGCUCGACUACGCACCAGCUAGCAAGCGGCGGGCUAGCCAGUUUUGUCUUGCCAAUCGAGGACGGCUGUAAUUUCUUAUGGCUACAAUGUCUGGAGGAUCUAACUUGGUGAUGGCGGGGACGAGUCAGUCCGGCACAGGAGCGAAUGCAAACCGAAAAAAAGAAGGGAUUAUAUCUGCUAGGUUCUGGGAAAGCCCGGACACUUUGAUCCAAUUGGACAACGUAAGACAGUGGAUCGGGAAGCAUUACAAAAAGUACGUGCUGGUGGAUGCUCCGUCCUGUCAGUCUCUGUCUGCAGUGACCUUACAACUUCUCCAGUUCCACGAGGAGACCUUUGGAAGGCAUGCUACAAGCCCUGCUCUAACAAAGCUGCCCGCACAAUGCUUUCUUGACCUCCGACCAGGGGGCGGGCUCUGUCACAUACUUGGUUGUGCCUACAAAUUUAAGGCUGAGCAGGGCUGGCGGCGCUUUGACCUGCAGAAUUCGUCACGGACAGAGCGCAACGUGGAGAUGUUCAGCACCAUGGAGAGGGCAUUGGUUCAGAACAACUGCCUAGCACGGCCUGUGGUUUACCUGGACACCGCGUUGGACCAGGAGCUGGCCAGCAGGCUGAGUAACGUCAUCAUCAAGCAUCAGGGCUCAGUAACCGAGGACCGAGCGCUUGCCAGUCAUCACCUUUACCCAUCAACACCAUCAUCAACAGACGAAGGUGAAUGGAUGCGUCCGAUCAUGAAGAGAGACACACAUAUCCUGGUGCACUGGGGAAUGAACCCUGAUAGCUAUGACAGCUGGCUGCCCCUGGGUGAGGUGGAGAAGGAGGUCGAAGAGCAGCCGCAGUCCGAGAAACCCUGGAGGGUCAGUACACGCUGGGUUUUGGACACAGACGUUUACAACGAGUGGAUGAACGAGGAGGACUACCAUGUGAACGAGAGACACGCCCCCAUCAUCUUCCGACAGAGGCUCCACCUCCGGGAGGAGCAGGAUCAGAAGUUAACCCCCCUCAAGAAGAGACGUCGCUCCCCCUCUCCUUCCUCCUCUGAAGGAAGGAAGAAAGGAAAGAAGGGACGGCGGCAUGGGCCGCAGGAGGAGGUGCCAGAGGAAGAUCUGACCAAAGACAUGGAGGACCCCACUCCUGUGCCCAACAUGGAGGAGGUGGUCCUGCCCAAGAACGUGAACUUCAAGAAAGACAGUGAGAACACGCCUGUGAAAGGAGGGACAAUGGCCGACCUGGAUGAGCUGGACGAUGACUUCCCUGGACGGGAGGACGAGGAUGGUCGAGCAGACGUGUCCCACCUUUCGGACGUUGAAGACAACAUCCCUGAGCAGACGCACCACAUCAUCAUCCCGAGCUACACCUCCUGGUUCAACUACAACAGUGUCCACCAGAUCGAGAAACGAGCUCUCCCAGAGUUCUUCAACGGCAAGAACAAGUCCAAGUCCCCUGAGAUCUACCUGGCCUACCGCAACUUCAUGACGGACACCUACCGCCUGAACCCCCAGGAGUACCUCAGCUCCACCUCCUGCAGACGCAGCCUCACCGGGGACGUCUGUGGCGUCAUGAGGGUCCACUCCCUGUUGGAACAGUGGGGCUUGAUCAACUACCAGGUGGACGCCGAGAGCAGACCCCUCCCCAUGGGGCCCCCGCCCACCCCCCACUUCAACGUGCUGUCGGACACGCCCUCCGGCCUGGCCCCGCUGCAGCACAAGCCCCUGCAGGUCUCAGCCUCCCAGCAUAUGCUCUUCUUCCCAGAGAGGAUCAGAGAUAAGCCCACCGACAGCCAGAACUUUGGCCUCCGCAACGACAUCUACGCCCGGAAGCACCCUAAGAGUAAAGGAGCGAGCGCAGGAAGGGAAUGGGCCGAGCAAGAGACCCUCUUGUUACUAGAGGCCCUGGAGGUGUACCGGGACGACUGGAACAAGGUGUCGGAGCACGUGGGCUCCAGGACCCAGGACGAGUGCAUCCUGCACUUCCUGCGGCUGCCCAUCGAGGACCCCUACCUGGAGGACUCCUCCGCCUCGCUGGGGCCCCUGGCCUUCCAGCCUGUGCCCUUCAACCAAUCGGAGAACCCCGUCAUGAGCACGGUGGCCUUCCUGGCGUCCGUGGUGGACCCCCGCGUGGCGUCGGCUGCAGCCCGGGCCGCUCUAGAGGAGUUCUCCAGAGUGCAGGAAGAGUCUGUGGAGAAAGCCGCCAUCCAGCUCGACAAGACAGAACCUCUGGACGGUGAGAAGAAGGAUAUCCGCCCCAGCGCCCUUCAGGCACCAGGCGGACUGGACGGGCUGAAGGGCGAGCCCAGCGGGGGGCCCGCCGAGGACAGCCGGGUGAAGACCGAGAAUGCCAACAGCAUACUCCCGGAGGAGAGAGAUGACAGGGGGGAUGAUGAAGACAGGGGUGGGGAGGGCCUCCAGCAGAGUGGAGGGAUGGAGCUGGAGCUGGUGGAGAGCAGCGUUGCCACGGCAGCAGCGGCCGCCCUAUCGUCGGCAGCCACCAAGGCCAAGCACCUGGCGGCGGUGGAGGAGCGUAAGAUCAAGUCCCUGGUGGCGCUGCUGGUGGAGACGCAGAUGAAGAAGCUGGAGAUCAAGCUGAGGCACUUUGAGGAGCUGGAGACCAUCAUGGACCGCGAGAAGGAGGCGUUGGAGCAGCAGCGGCAGCAGCUGCUGUCGGAGAGGCAGACGUUCCACGCCGAGCAGCUGAAGCACGCAGAGCUGAGGGUCCGCCAGCAGAGGGAGACACCGGCGCAGCCCGGGUUCACCAUGCAGCACUCGGGCUUGUCUGUGCCCGGUAGGAUGAUGCCAGGCGGGGGGAACAGCCAACCAACAGGUCCCCGGCAGCCAGGGGCCCCCAACGGCAUGUAGGGGUCUCCUCUCCUGAGUCUUCAUAGGUUUUUAAACGGCGCCUUCGGCUUUUUAACCCCGACCUUCCACCUCCGCCACUUCUCCUGUGAACUGAACCGGGCAGACACAAGCGGCGUGUUCCACAUGUUGUUCCGCUGUUUUUGAUACAUCUGACCAUUUUGUCUGGUUUUGUGGUGAUUCUGAAGUUGUGUAUAUAGAUGUGGGUGUGUGAAGAUGUGUUGCCCAUUUAUUUGUAUUUUUUUGUCUCUGUACUGUUACAUAGCUGUCCAGACUGUUGAUAGAGAACGACAGAAUCUGGCCACACAUUUGGGAAAAUCUUCAAUUAGUAGAACGACGCAUUGCCUUAAGCGCUCACAAGGGGGCAGUGCACUCAACUUUACAGCCUGCCAUUGUGAGAAUAAGGACGCCACAGCAGGGGAUCAGAAACCCACACAUUUUCACUGGCAGAAUUUUUGGGUUUGUGUUUUGACUGAUAAGUGCUAAACAUUUCUGUGGAGAGGCAGGGCGGUGGAGGAGAACUAACAAUCAGCUCUGCUCAUUAAAAUUGUUUUAUAUGAAACCAAUUUCUCUUUGUGCCAAUGAUUAUCAUUUGAAGUGUGUGAGAAUGGGGUUUGGUUCGUUAGCCAAGUCGCCAACUAAAGAUGUAGGAGAACUCAAGGAA